AAAAAAAACCUGAAUCGAAUCAGACUUUAGUGAAGCCUUGAAGGUGAAGCCAGGUAUCGAUAAAAAGCGUGUGAGCUGUCGCAUUGAAGAUUCCUCACUUGCGUCUAUCACUAAUUGUUAUCUAUAGAAGCAUCACAUUCCGAUCUUGGGUUGUCUCCAGAUAUUUCUUUGAACAAGAUACUAAUUUCAAGUUCAGAAUUUUUGGUAUUCUACAAGUAAAGAAACUGGGUAGUAAAUGGAGGUCGUUUUGGAGAAGAAAGACGCUGCUGAAUGGGUGUACAGAGGCGAAGGCGCUGCUAAUCUUGUUCUCGCUUACAUCGGAUCCUCCCCAGCUUUUAUCGGGAAAGUAAUGCGCAUACAGAAGGCGGCGAAAAGGAAUGUGUCCGAACGUUCUAGCAGUCCCACAGCACUGAGCAUGCAUGAACGCCUGGUGUGGAAAGACUUGGAGGACGUAGUAACUUCCUCUAACAGAGAGCUUGCCAGCCAACUAUAUGUGAAGCACGUCAUGACCCCUUUAUUGGGUCCAAAGUUUGUUGAUUCUGGGAUGCGUGUCCAUGCUUCUCGGGAAUUCUUGGACACAGUGGAGCAGAAUGUAAAUUGUCAGCGCCCAGCUUCUCGAGUUGAUGCUGCUAAAGUUGAUACCGAAUGUGAUUAUGUGCUUCUCAUGUCUGAUCAUUCUCUUUUUCCUAGUGGUAUUCAAGAAGGCGAAACCUGUAUAUCUGUAGAGAUAAAGCCAAAAUGUGGAUUUCUCCCAACUUCAAAGUAUAUAGAUGAAGGAAAUGCCAUCAAACGGAGGAUUACUCGUUUUAGGAUGCACCAGGCCCUAAAGUUGCGUGAUGGAGAGGUAUCGGAAUAUAGUGAAUAUGAUCCACUUGAUCUCUUCUCUGGAUCGAAGGACAGAAUACGUAAAGCUAUCAAGGAUCUCUUCGCUACCCCACAGAAUAAUUUCCGGGUAUUCUUGAAUGGUUCUCUAAUAUUUGGGGGAUUGGGUGGUGGUGCAGCAAGUACCAAUUUGGUGAUUAGGGAUAAAGUUGAAACAGCACUUAAGGGUGUCAUUCAGGGAGGUGAUGGCUUCCGCACAGUGAACUUUCUACAGCUUGUUGCUGAGACCGUUCAUAGAUCUGGAGUGAUGGAUCAGCUUCUGGAGAUUCAGAAACUUGAUAAUAUUGACAUUGAUGGAGCUAUCCAUGCAUAUUAUGACAUUAUUUCUGAGCCUUGCAUGGUAUGUACAGAUUUGGGUAAAGAGAAAGCGUCAAACAGAUAUUCUUCAUUGCAUUCCCUCUCUUUGGAUGAAAGCUUAAAGAUUGUGAAGGAUUUUUUGAUAGCUGCCACUGCAAAGGACUGCAGUUUGAUGAUUAGUUUUAGACCAAGGAAAGAUGGGAGUACAGGAUCUCCGUAUAAUAAUGUGUACCUGGAAUCAACCAACCAAUUUUAUGAUUACAAGGUGCAUUUCAUUGACCUGGAUCUGAAAUCUUUGAAGAAAUUGGAAGAAUAUUAUGAGUUGGACAAAAAGAUCGUACGCUGCUACAAUGAAAUGGUGGAAACUAAGGAAAGACUAAAUAAAACUACAAGCACCGAGGCUUGUCAAACUGCGGACUGAGAUUAGUUACAAUGCCAUGGAGGAUGCUUUACUUUAAAACUUUCGACUUAUCCUUUUAUCAUAAGCAUCUCGCAGUUUUGGACAAUCGACCAUCUGUGGGCAGUAACUUACAAAAUAUCUCACAACUCUCUGAGCUGCAAAGUAUGAUUUGAAGUUGAUAUUUGUAACUGCAUUGUCAAACCACGAACAGCACAUGAUUUGGAAGAAUCAGUGAGCCUGAUACUGGAACACGUCUCUAGACCAGGAAGUGAGGCCAAUAUGGAAGAUUCUGUACACUGUAGUCGCUCAACUUUGCUAUUUUGAUCAGCUUAAUAUUUGUUAUGUGGAAUAUAAAGGCUGUGACUUGGCUUUAUCAUGUGAUGUACAAAGAGCUUCUCAACUGUCUAUAGAAAACUGUAGUGUCAGUAGAGCUGCUGUGUUCAAAGUGCAGGAAAAAGGUGAUGAAGUUAGUUGCAACAGUAGAAGGGAUAACUUCCAUUGUCCU